UGCCUCGUGAUUGAAAUUUGAAGAAGGCCCGGCCCGCCCAUCCAUCUCCGGCCUCUUCUCUUGGGUGCUAUGGUGGCACUGGCGCCAUGGAUGAGAAACCCAAGCUUCUCUUCCAUGGUAGCUCGUCGUCUUCUCCGCUUUGUUUCUACUUCUUCUUCUCUUGCUAUUUCGCGAGAUCCAAUUGUGGACAUUCCUCAUUACAACUCCAGGAUACGAGAACUGACGCGGCUCGGCCAUGCAAUAGACGCCCGGAGACUGUUCGACGAAAUGCCCCACAGAGACAUCAUCUCCUGGAAUUUCAUGAUCUUCGGUUAUUUCCAGAACGGCAUGAUCGAUGAGGCACGAGCUCUUUUCGACUCGUUCGCGGGGAGGAAUAUCAGGACCUGGACCAUUGUCGUCUCUGGGUACGCUAAAUCUGGUCGAAUUGAAGAUGCCCGAGAAGUCUUUGAUGCAAUGCCGGAGCGGAAUUCCGUCUCUUGGAAUGCGAUGAUCAGUGGAUAUGUGCAGCAUGGUGAUUUAGCGACGGCAAGGUGGCUGUUUGAUAGAAUGCCUGAUAGGGAUGUGGCCUCGUGGAAUUCCAUGAUUACCGGAUAUUGCCACGCCCAUCGGAUGGGGAGGCCCGGGUGGCUCUUUAAAAACAUGCCAGCAAGGAAUUUGGUCUCUUGGACUGUGAUGAUUUCUGGGUACGUUCAGAUUAAUGAGUAUGAUGAAGCGUGGAGGUUUUUCCUGCAUAUGCAUCGUUGCAUGAUGAGCCUGGACCAGCCCAAUUUCACUGCCGCUAUCUCUGCUGUGGUGUGUUUGGGUAAUAUUGUACUGCUCGAGAAUCUGCGGUCCUUAGCAAUCAAGACUGGUUUUGAGGGGGACGUGGUCGUGGGCACUGCUAUACUGAAUGCUUACACAAGAGAGAGUGGAGGCCUGGAGUCUGCAGUGAGAUUCUUUGAAGGUAUGCGGGAGAGGAACGAGUAUUCUUGGUCCACUAUGAUCACAGCGUUGUCACAUGUUGGGCGGUUAGAUGAUGCUCUCUCGUUUUACCAGCGAGAUCCGUGUAAGACUAUUGUUUCUCAAACAGCAUUACUGGCAGGGUUCGCUCAGAACAACCGGAUUCAUGAGGCCAGACACAUGUUUGAACAAAUGCCUGAUCCUAAUGUGGUGUCGUGGAACGCCAUGAUUGCAGGAUAUGCUCAAAAUGGGAUGCUUGAUGAAGCGAAGAAAUUGUUUCACAGGAUGCCUAUACGUAAUGCAAUUUCAUGGGCUGCGAUGAUUGCCGCUUGUGCACAGAAUGGGGAAAGUGAAGAAGCUUUGGACCUUUUAUCAGAGCUUCAUUGGCAUGGAAUAGUUCCUACUCUCUCCAGUUUCACCAGUGGUUUCUUUGCUUGCGCUAACAUCAGAGCACUAGAGAUGGGUAGGCAACUACACUCUCUGGCUAUAAAGGCAGGAUCACAGUUCAAUGCCUAUGUCAAUAAUGGCUUGAUCACAAUGUAUGCCAAAUGCAAGAAUACGGAAGAUGUCACUCGAGUUUUUAACUGGAUGAGAACAAAAGAUAUUGUGUCUUGGAACUCUUUGAUUGCUGGCCUAUCUCAUAACUACUUGUUGGAUGAUGCUCGCACUGUUUUUAACAAGAUGCCCAUCCACGAUGUUGUCUCAUGGACUGCAAUCAUUUCUGCAUACUCGCAGGCUGGGCAAGGCAAUGAGUCUCUUGAGCUAUUUCUCAGAAUGUUGAGAGAAGGGGCAUUGCCAAACUCUUCAACCAUGACUACCCUCCUUAGCACUUGCGGCCAUGUGGGUUCAAGUAGGCUAGGUCAGCAGGCUCAUGUUCUGACCAUUAAAUUGGGCUUUGAUUUGGAUCUUUUUGUGGGCAAUGCCCUGAUUUCAAUGUAUUUCAAGUGUGGCUGCAGAGACUCCUUUUUGGUUUUUGAAAAAAUGCCUGAACGUGAUAUAAUCUCAUGGAACUCAAUGCUUGCUGGCUGUGCCCAAAAUGGCCUUGGAAGAGAAGGCAUUCAGAUCUUUGAGCAGAUGAAAGCGGAAAGAAUUUUACCAAACCAGAUCUCUUUCACGGGGCUCUUAUGUGCUUGUAGCCAUGCUGGUUUGGUUGAUGAAGGGUGGCAUUAUUUCAAUUCAAUGAGUAAGGAUUACAGAGUCAUGCCAUUGGAAGGUCACUAUGCCUGCAUGGUGGACCUUCUUGGAAGAGCAGGCCACUUGGAUGAAGCUAAAGAAUUCAUAGAAAACAUGCCCAUUGAACCAGAUUCAGUGGUGUGGGCAGCACUUCUUGGUGCGUGCAGAAUUCACCAGAAUGUAGAACUUGGCAGAAUGAUUGCAAAAAAGCUGUUUCAAAUGGAGCCACAGACUGCUGGAAAUUAUGUCUUGUUGUCAAACAUAUAUGCAUCUCGUGGCAUGUGGAACGAAGUGGAUGAGGUGAGAGAGUUGAUGAGAGCUAGAGGUGUCACAAAAUCACCAGGUUGCAGCUGGAUUCAGAUAAGGAACAAGUUGCAUUCUUUUAUCACUGGAGAUAAGCACCAUGAGCAGAUUGUUGAGAUACAUGCACUCCUGAAGGAGCUGUAUGUAAGACUGAAGUAUGCAGGUUAUGUGCCAGACACCCAAUUUGUCCUGCAUGAUGUGGAAGAGGAGCAGAAAGAGAAUGUGCUUCUCUAUCACAGUGAGAAACUUGCCGUUGCCUAUGGUCUAUUGGUAACGUCUGAUGGUACGCCACUACAGAUAAUGAAGAAUCUCCGAAUAUGCGGAGAUUGCCAUAAUUUCAUGAGGUUUAUGUCUAAAAUAACCAAGAGAGAAAUUGACAUUAGGGAUGGGAAUAGAUUCCAUCAUUUUAACGAUGGAAACUGUUCUUGUGGGGAUUACUGGUGAUGCAGACAGAGGAAAUGAGGGAAAAUCAAAAUACUUGUCAUUCCCUGAGAAUCAUUACUCUUACAAUCACUUAGCAAAGCUAUAGUUUGAUUAGGACAUCUGUGGAUGGCGCCUGCCCUUGAGAGGUUAUACAGGAAUUUGAAGGCACGAAUGUGAUUGUGGUUGGAGUCUGCUUUAGCUUCGUCUGUAGAAACAUGGUGCACAAUAUUGAACACAUACGUAUGUGUUUGUUGUUCAUUAAUCGGCAGGGUUGCUUUAAACCUGGAUGGAAUCAAGGAAUCAUCCAAAGUUAAUCUGACUCACUGGACUUAAAACGGUUUCCAAAUCCCGGAUGCUUAUAUAAUCAGUUGGAAAUUAAUUAGAGAAUCACAGAAGAGGAGAAGAUUUGUUAAUGUUGUUUUCUUUUCUGGGUCAGCAAUGAAUUUUGACAAGAGUAAGAACUUUGAAAGAUGUAGUUUAUAUGUGUUUUUGUGUAUAAUAAAAGAUGUAGUUUAUAA